AUGGCAUUUAGUUUCGGGAGCACUACCGCUACAUCCCAGCCAACCUUGUUUGGCUCUACAACUACACCUGCGACUUCAACGGGGUUUGGGGGCUUUGGUACUAGCACAGGUGGUUUUGGAAGUGGGCUAGGGACUUUUGGCACAGCAACAACUAGCUCGACUACAGGUGCUGGCACAGGUUUUGGAUUUGGCGGUUUUGGGACAACAACCACAGCAGCCCCAUCUUCAUCACUUUUCGGUACUUUUGGAACGACAUCAGCAUCACCGUUUUCCUUCAGUGCCACAACUACCACUACACCUUCUGGUUUUGGAGGAUUUGGCACAGGGACUACAGGAUUUGGAACUGGUCUAACAUCCACAGGAACUACAGGGGCAUUUGGUGGGUUUGGCGGAGGAUCAGCAUUUGGAACUACAGGUUCGUCUGCUUUCGGAGCACCCUCAGGAGCAUCUACUUUUGGAGCUCCCUCAGGAACAGGAUUUUUUGGUGCCCAGCCUCAGAAUGCUCAGCAGCAGGAAGAAGCCAACCUGGCCAAUGUUGCCUUGGCUAUUUCCCUGCCCCAGAUUUAUGGAGAUGAGAGAGAUGCAAUCAUUGCCAAAUGGAAUCAGCUACAGGCAUACUGGGGCACAGGCAAAGGUUUUUAUUCCAUCAAUGGGGUUGUAGAGUUCAAACCUGAAAAUCACUUCUGCAGAUUUAAGGCGCUUGGUUACCACUUAAUCCCCAAGGGCAGUAAUGAACUAGGUCAGGUAGCACUGGUGCUGGCUCGUAAGGAAGAGGAGGUUGCAGCAGCUCAACAGCAGGUGGUGGACACUUUACACAGGAUCUUAGGUAGUCGACCCACUCUGAGUGUGUGUGUGGAAGGCAUUAAACCUUUGCCUGAAGACAGAACCGAGGUUGUCAUUUAUGUUCUGGAGCGACCAGUGCAAGGGCCCGCCAAACGAGUGUCAGCUAAUGAUUUGUUCAACUUCUUGAACCAGCCAGCACAGAAAAAUCAGAUAGCUACACAGCUUAUGGUUGAGAGCAUUUUACCUAAAGUUGGGUGGACAGAGGAGCAGCUCAAGGAGUAUUUAGACAAGCCUCCUGCUGGUGUGGAUCCACUUUUAUGGCAGCAGGCAAAGUUAGAUAACCCAGAUCCUGAGAAAUAUAUCCCAGUUCCGAUGAUCGGGUUCAAAGAACUUCAUAGAAGACUGAAAUACCAAGCUGAACAGACCAAGCUUUUCCAGCAGCGACUGGAUGUAAUAUCAGGGGAUAUAACACAGUUACAGACACAACACAGCACCAUGCUGGCCAAGUUGGAGGACUACAAACGCAAGGAUUUGGAGCUCGGACACAGAUUGCUCAAAGUUAUUGUCAAGCAAGAGAUCUACCGUAAGAUGGGUUUUGCCAUCCAAGCAGAGGAAGAAACACUAAAGGUUCAGCUGGAGCAGCUGCAGGCAGAGCUGAAUCAUCCUACACAGUUCAAGGGCCGACUGAAUGAACUCAUGUCACAGAUGAGAAUGCAGACGCAGAUGUCGUCCGGGCGAACAGACUCAACAUAUCAGAUGGAUUCAGAGACGCAGGCAGAAAUAAGAUUGAUUCUCAAGCAGCAACAAGAUGGAUUGCAGCAUCUGAUUGAAAUCAUCAAGGAGGAUGCGGCUGAUGUACAUCUUAUAGAGCAAGGUCUUGCUAAAUCUCGACUGAAGUGA